AUGGCUGAGUUCAGAGAGACAGUUAGAAGAUAUGGUUUAAUUGACCGAAGGGGUAUUCAAUUUGUGACAAAUGAUAGCAGAAGAUGUCAGGUUGCUUGUGAGGCUGGCUGUCCUUUCUACAUUUGGUGUAGUAAGGACAAAAACAGUGAUUCUUGUACUAUAAAGACCUUAGUUAAUAGUCAUUUAUGUACCAAGCCAUAUAGAAACAAGAUGGCCUCUGUGAAGUACUUGUGUGAUGUUUUCGGGGAGAGGAUUAGGAAAAACCCCCAGUGGAUGUGUAAGGAGCUUGCUGAGACAAUAAAGAAGGAGAUGGAAAUUGAAGUUCCCAGGAUAAAGAUUCUUAGACUUAGGAAAAUGGCACUUGAGGGAGUUGCAGAAAGUUUGAAAGAACACUACUCGAGGGUUAGAGAUUUUGGCCAAGAAGUUCUGUUGAGUAAUCCACUGAACACGGUGAAGAUAUCCACUACUAGGCUGAAUGAAGAUGACCCUGUGAAAUUUAAAAGAAUUUAUGUUUGCUAUUUUGCUUUGAAAGCUGGUUGGAAGGCUGGAUGUAGGCCUCUUAUUGGGUUGGACGGAUGCUUUUUAAAAACUGUAACUGGGGGUCAGCUACUGUCUGCUGUGGGGAGGGAUGGGAACAAUCAAAUGUUCCCCAUAUGCUAUGCUGUGGUUGAAUCUGAAAACACAGAUUCAUGGAGAUGGUUCAUCACUCUACUGAAAGAUGAUCUUGACUUGGGUGAUGGGGGGGGGGGCUUUACAGUCAUUAGUGACCAACAGAAAGGCCUCGAAAAUGCAGUGAAAGAACUUCUACCCUCUGUUGAACACAGGUUCAACACAGGAGUCUUAAAGAAAUGCUUUUGGAACAUUGCUCUUUCUACACACAAAGUGGCAUAUACCAAAGCAAUGAAGGAGAUGGAAAAGCACUCUAAAUCUGCACAUGCUCAACUCUCAGCAAUUGAUCCUAAGCAUUGGUGUAAAGCAUUUUUUGCUACACAUUCGAAGGUGGAUAAUACAGACAAUAACAUGUCUGAGAGUUUCAAUUCUUGGAUUAUAAAUGAGAGAUAUAUGCCACUACUCACUAUGCUUCAAGAAAUUCAAUUCAAGCUUAUGACAAGAAUGAGACAGAAGAGGGAUGAUAUGCUUGCAAGUGACCUACAGAUCUGUCCAAAAAUCAAGAAAUAUCUUGAUGUGCUUAUCACAGAGUCAAGGAAGUGGAAUGCUGCUUGGGAUGGAGAAAGGAAAUUUCAAGUAAAGCAAGGAACUAGAUGUGUUACAGUUGAUUUGGAGAGGGGAAACUGUGAUUGCAGGGUCUAUGAUCUCACAGGCAUUCCGUGUCAACAUGCCAUAGCAGCAAUUCACUCAAGAAGACAUAAUCCAACUGAUUAUGUGUCUGACUACUACAAGAGGGAGAAGUAUCUUGCAGCCUACAAGCACUCACUGGAGGCAAUGAAAGGGGAAGAAUAUUGGGACUUCCAUGGUGGGGAGAUAAUGCUGCCACCAGAUAUUCCCAAAAGGCUUCGAGGGAGGCCAAAAAAACUCAGAAGAAGAGAGGCUUGGGAAGGGGGUAGUAGAAGUCAGACUGCACCUUCACAAGGUAUUUUGCUGCAGAGAUUUUCUAACAAAAGGGUGAUGCAUUGUUCCAACUGUGGAGAUGCAAGCCACAGACUAGCAAAAUGCCCAACUAGGGGCAAGGACAGUGCAACAACACCAACUGAGGCAACCAAGAAAAAUGAGACACCAACAGGGGCAAAAAGAAAGGCAACAAAGGAAGUAAGGAGGCAAAAAUUCAAGCCAAGAAAAGCUCAGCCAGGGAUUGUGAUUAGGGAGCCAGAAGAAGGAGGGCAACCACAAACUCAAGCUUCACAAACUGGUCCAGUGAAGGAUAAAGGUAAGGCAGUUGAAGAAGAAGUACCACAAUCUGUAUGGGAUAUUCUUGAAGAACAAGGUGAGGACCCAACUGAGGAGCAAGGUGGGGAGGAACGUCUAUCUUUUUUCACAAAAAUCCCCAAAAAGAAGAUGCCAUUGAUGAGGGGUCAAGAGACAGAUGAGUGGGAAAAAAGUGGCAAAAACUAUGCAGACUUCCAGGAACAGCUAAGGGGACCAACUGGAUACAAGGCUGUAUUUAUGCCGACACCGGGGCAUAGGAGAUUUCAACCACCAUUGAGUCAACAGGGGGGGACACCACCGGUUUCAACCCCACCAGUGAAUCUGCUGGGGGGGGGAACCACCACUUUCAACCCCUCCAUUGAGUCGAACUAG